AUGGCUUCCAAGAAGAAGUGGGCUGAGCGGAGGGAGUUGCGCAGGGACCGGCCGUUCUCCACCCGGGAUGAUUCAUCUGUUGCGUCCGGGACAUCUGGGCCAGGGCGUCCCACCACCAGGGGGCGUUUCUCAGAGUCGUGGAAGAGGCUCAGCUCCAGAGGGGGGUCCACCAAGAGGGGGGUGCUCAACUCUCAGCAGCCACCGGCACAGAAAUCGUGGAUAGAAAGAGCGUUCAGCAAGAGAGAAUGUGUUCAUAUCAUAGUGAGUGCCAAAGACCCCCAUAGGUGCUGUUGUGGUCGUCUGAUAGGUCAGCAUGUGGGCCUGCCCCCGGGCAUCGCAUCCAGUCAGAAUGAUAAGGCAGAGCGUUUGGCCAAGAAUGACAGCCUGUCGGAGAAGUGGUCGAUCAGCAAACACACACAGCUUAGCCCCACUGAUGCCUUCGGCACCAUUGAGUUCCAGGGAGGAGGACACUCCAACAAAGCCAUGUACGUGCGAGUGUCUUAUGACACCAAGCCUGACCUGCUGCUCCACCUGAUGACCAAGGAGUGGCAGCUGGAUCUGCCCAAGUUGCUCAUCUCAGUCCACGGAGGCCUGCAGAACUUUGAAUUACAGCCCAAACUUAAACAGGUCUUUGGUAAAGGGCUCAUCAAGGCUGCCAUGACAACAGGAGCCUGGAUCUUCACUGGAGGGGUCAACACAGGGGUGAUUCGCCAUGUGGGUGAUGCACUGAAAGACCACGCCUCCAAGUCAAGGGGAAAGAUCUGCACCAUUGGCAUUGCUCCAUGGGGUAUUGUAGAAAAUCAAGAGGAUCUUGUUGGCAAAGAUGUGGUGCGUCCAUACCAGACCAUGUCCAACCCUAUGAGCAAGUUGACGGUUCUAAACAGUCUCCACUCCCACUUCAUCCUGGCAGACAAUGGCACCACGGGAAAGUACGGCGCUGAGGUCAAACUCAGACGCCAGCUAGAGAAACACAUCUCCCUGCAGAAGAUCAACACACGUAUUGGUCAAGGUGUGCCGGUGGUGGCUCUCAUCGUAGAAGGAGGCCCUAAUGUGAUCUCCAUCGUGCUGGAGUACCUCAGGGACACACCUCCCGUCCCUGUGGUGGUGUGUGACGGCAGUGGCAGGGCCUCAGACAUCUUGGCCUUCGGACACAAAUACUCUGAGGAGGGAGGCAUAAUUAAUGAGUCUCUAAGAGACCAGUUACUGGUGACCAUCCAGAAGACUUUCACCUACAGCCGCACACAGGCCCAACAUCUGUUCAUCAUUCUCAUGGAGUGCAUGAAAAAGAAGGAGCUGAUAACAGUUUUCCGGAUGGGGUCGGAGGGACAUCAGGACAUUGACCUUGCCAUCCUUACUGCAUUACUCAAAGGUGCCAACGCUUCAGCUCCUGACCAGCUGAGUUUGGCUCUGGCGUGGAACAGAGUGGACAUCGCCCGCAGUCAAAUCUUCAUCUACGGACAGCAGUGGCCUGUCGGUUCUCUAGAGCAGGCGAUGCUGGAUGCCUUAGUUCUGGACAGAGUGGACUUUGUCAAGCUGCUGAUUGAAAAUGGAGUCAGCAUGCACCGUUUCCUCACGCUUUCCAGACUGGAAGAGCUCUACAACACGAGACAUGGACCAUCCAACACGCUGUACCACCUUGUCAGAGAUGUCAAAAAGGGAAACCUGCCCCCGGACUACCGCAUCAGCCUCAUCGACAUUGGACUGGUCAUUGAAUAUCUUAUGGGCGGGGCAUAUCGGUGUAACUACACCAGGAAGAGGUUCAGAACUCUAUACCACAACCUCUUUGGACCCAAGAGGCCCAAAGCCCUGAAACUGCUGGGGAUGGAGUCGCCCAUAGAGUUUGCUCAGCUGGCAGUGGAACUUUUAGACCAGUCCUAUAAACAGGACGAGCAGAUGGCCAUGAAGCUGCUGACGUACGAGCUGAAGAACUGGAGCAACGCCACCUGCCUGCAGCUGGCGGUAGCAGCCAAACACAGAGAUUUCAUCGCUCACACCUGCAGUCAGAUGCUGCUGACCGACAUGUGGAUGGGACGCCUGCGCAUGCGCAAGAACUCAGGCCUGAAGGUAAUCUUAGGGCUGCUUCUGCCACCGUCCAUCCUGAGCUUAGAGUUCAAGAACAAGGACGAGAUGUCCUACAUGCCCCAGGAUCAGGAGGCCUACCUGCAGGAGAAGGAGGAGGAGGAGCCUGAGAAACCAGUCAAGGAGAAGGAGGAGGAAGACAUGGAGUUCACAGUAAGAUCUUACUGUGAGACGCAGUACAACUCCGUGGCAAUGCUGGGAAAGGUAACCACAGAGACAUCCAGAAAGAAGGAUGUUGACGAGGUUCAGAACCGCCACCGCCUCAUCCCCUUGGGACGCAAAAUAUACGAGUUCUACAAUGCUCCAAUUGUCAAGUUCUGGUUCCAUACGAUGGCGUACGUGGGCUACCUGAUGUUGUUCAACUACAUUGUCUUGGUCAAGAUGGACCUGUGGCCCUCUCCUCAAGAGUGGAUCGUCAUUGCUUACAUCUUCACCAACGGCAUUGAGAAGAUGAGAGAGAUCCUGAUGUCAGAGCCGGGGAAGUUGUUACAGAAGGUGAAGGUGUGGCUUCAGGAGUACUGGAACAUCACAGACCUCAUGGCCAUCCUUAUAUUCUCCGUUGGCAUGGUUCUGCGUCUCCAGGAGCCACCGCUCAUGAGCUACGGGCGGGUCAUCUAUUGCGUCAACAUCAUCUAUUGGUACAUUCGGCUGCUGGACAUCUUUGGGGUCAACAAGUACCUGGGUCCCUAUGUGAUGAUGAUUGGCAAGAUGAUGAUCGACAUGAUGUAUUUUGUGAUCAUCAUGUUGGUGGUGCUGAUGAGUUUUGGGGUGGCACGUCAAGCCAUCCUCCACCCUAAUGAAGACCCGUCCUGGAUGCUAGCUAGGAACAUCUUCUUCAUGCCUUACUGGAUGAUCUACGGAGAGGUGUUUGCUGACCAGAUUGACCAUAUGCAUAGUAGGAAGUUACAGCACAGGCUGAAUGAAAAACUCUGGCUGGUCGAAAAUUACUUUCGAACUCACGGAAGCUGGCGUAGUAACGGUCCAUUCCACAUUUCCCAGUGCAGUCAAACUCCCACCCCCUGUGGGCAGAACAUCACUACAGAGGAUGGGGCGGUGGUGGCCCUGCCUCCAUGUAAGACCGGGGCCUGGAUUGUCCCAGCCAUCAUGGCCUGCUAUCUGCUGGUGGCUAACAUACUGCUGGUCAACCUACUCAUAGCUGUGUUCAAUAAUACAUUCUUCGAAGUGAAGUCCAUCUCCAACCAGGUUUGGAAGUUCCAGCGCUACCAGCUAAUUAUGACCUUCCAUGAGCGCCCUGUCCUUCCUCCACCCCUCAUCAUCUUCAGUCACAUAACUAUGGUCCUCAAACAUCUGUGUUGUCGCUGGCGCAAGCAUGACGAUGACGAGAGAGACUAUGGACUGAAACUUUUCAUCACAGAGGAUGAGCUGAAGAAAGUCCACGACUUCGAGGAGCAAUGCAUAGAAGAAUACUUCAGGGAGAAAGAUGAUCGAUUCCACUCCUCUAAUGAUGAGAGGAUCAGAGUCACUUCUGAAAGGGUGGAGAAUAUGGCAAUGCGUCUGGAGGAAGUCAAUGAAAGGGAACACUUCAUGAAGGCCUCACUGCAGACGGUUGACAUUCGUUUGGCCCAAAUGGAGGAGCUGAUUGGACGAAUUGCUGUAGCACUGGAGCGUGUAACAGGUGUUGAGCGUGGGGAGGUCAACAAAGUACGUUCCCGGACUUCAUCUGACUGCACAGACUCAGCAUACAUACUGCGCCAGGGUGAGUGCCCAGAGGCAGCAUACAUCCUCCGUCAAAGCAGCUUUAACAGCACAGAAGGGAAUGCCUACCGCCUGCAGGAGGCUCUGGAGGGAACAGCGGAGGGCUCCAUGUCUCCUCCCUCUCCUACUAGCAUGACUACACGGACAAGAAGCCACUCAUUUUAUGUUGGAGGUGGUCGUGGUGGUGAACGUGCAAGUGGAGCUGAACGAGCUGAGAGCUUCUUCAAAGAACGCUCACUCAGUCUCCACCGAGCCAACAGCUCCCAAUCAGUAUCCUCAAGUGCCGCCCCCAAGGAGUCUAAGCCCCUCCCCCUGGCAACGCUGUCGGUCUCCCAGCAGCACCGUCCAUCGUCAUGCAUUGAUAUCUAUGUCUCAACUUCUGAGGAGGUGGGGCCUUCGGAAGUCUUUCUGGAUCCUCUCCGUGUGGUCCCACAGCUCCAGAGAGACUCCUCGCUACAAUCAGAUAUCAUAGAGACGGUGCUGCCGGGAGGCCGGGACUUCAGCAGCAUUGCCACCAGCGGUAUGGGCGACAGGCACUCGGAGGGUGGUGCAGGCAGCAGCGGAACAGCUGGAGCCAUGUUUGACGACAGUGCAGCUGCUGAUUUGUCAUUGUGCUCGGCCCACCUCUUACCAGACACCACUUUACCUCCGUGGGACAUGGAACCAUCCCCACCUCCCUCAGCAGGGCUGCUUGAGCGCUCUAAGAGUAGCCGCUACCUCUCUACAACAGGCACAGCAUUCCUGGAUGAGCCCACUCUGGUCAAGUCCCACAGCCUGAUGUUCACACCACGAGGCUGCUAUAGCGGACUGGGGGCAGGAGUCCAGGUAAAAGCUGCAGAGUACACCAGCAUCACUGACUGCAUCGAUACACGCUGUGUCUCAGCCCCAUACACUCCUGCAGAACGCUCACACUCCCCUGGAGGAUCCACCUCAUUCCCCUUUGAUAAGCCGUCAGACAUUGGUUCCUCUCACCCAGAGAGAGAGGCAGAGCUUAGUCACACGGAGUCUGAUCCAGAGGACCCUGAGGACCUGAUUCCAGCCCCUGAUACCCCUCGUCUAGGGGGCCUUAGUGGGCCCAGUGGGGCCCCUCUCUGCUCCCCCUUCUCCAGGCUGGAGCGAGCAAACAGCUGCUCCUCAGACGACUCCCAUCCUUCCCUCACGCUGGCCCCUCCGCACCGGAAGAGCCUGUCGGUGAGUGAGAGGAUGGAGAGGGGACCGGGUCUGGGGGCAGACAGGGGGCCUGGGCCGGGGGGCCGGGGUCUGGCAGGAACCAGAAACCCCUUCCUCAGGAGCAAGUCUGGAGCACGGCCUGAAACAGCCAAGACUGACAGCCUCUCCAUGAGAAAGCUGGCCACACCAUCAGCUUUCCGCAGCUUUGAUAGACAAAACUACACGUGACAAGAACACUGGUCAGCACACUCACACACUGAUAGGACCAGGGAGGAAUGAAGUGGCCAAGUGCAAAAGUAAAUGCAGGGUGAAGUUGUCCAUAGAUACUGAUCUGGACCAGAUCUACAGUUUUUUCACUUACGUUUUAGGUUAGAAAAGGUCGUACAAGUUUAUUCAUAGUCAGUGCUGGAGGGCAACUUUACCCUGUAAGGAUGGGAGAUGUAGGGGUCCUACUGUACACCAGUCAUAAACAAAGAGCUAUGAAUCUAGAGUAGUUUUUACCUCCUCUUGUAGCUAAGUAACUCUCAAUGGGGUGUUAUGGCAAUGGAAGGUGUAUUUGUACUGUAUGUCUUCCACCCACCACCUUUAUGUCAAGUAGACAUCUGUCACUGUGUUACAUCACAUAUCAAUCACGUUAGUCAGAGAAAGUAUACUGUUACUCCUAGCUGCAUUAUAUGGUAGAAACUGUUAGGUCUGAGAGACAAAGAGAGGAGAAGAAAAACAGCCACCUCAUUUUGUCAAUUUGUCUUCAGCAUAGAGUCAUUACUGUCUUAAAACUUUAAAUACAUUUUCCUCUUUUCAU